AGGGAAACCAGUGGCGACGCCGCCAGACACCAACGCCACCACCUCCUCUGUGUCCAUGAUGGACUCGGUGUUGGAAGAGGACGUCACCCUCCCCGGGAUACGCAGCGGCUGCAGUGGCCUUGUUCCCAAUUUACCAGAUGACCUGGAUGGCAUCAGCCCCAUUGCUGGUUUGGGAAAUGGUGUGCUCCCACGUGUGUCGGAAGAAACGGUGUCUCCUACCAGAGCCCGGAACAUGAAGGACUUUGAAAACCAAAUCACUGAAUUGAAGAAAGAAAACUUUAACCUAAAGCUCCGCAUCUAUUUCCUUGAGGAAAGGAUGCAACAGGAAUUUGAUGGCCCCACUGAACACAUCUACAAAACUAACAUCGAGCUCAAGGUGGAAGUAGAGAGUCUGAAGCGGGAGCUCCAGGAGAGAGAGCGGCUGCUCGUCAAAGCCUCGAAAGCAGUGGAGAGCCUCGCCGAAGGGGGCGGCUCUGAAAUGCAGCGGGUGAAGCAAGAGGCUCAGAAGAAGGUGCGGCAGGUCGAAGAGCUCCUAACCAGGAGGAUGCUCCUCUUAGAAGAGGAUGUGAAAGCCGCCCAAGCAGAGCUGGAAAAGGCCUUUGCUGGAACAGAAACAGAGAAGGCUCUUCGGUUAAGCUUGGAAAACAAGCUUUCAGAGAUGAAGAAGAUGCACGAGGGGGAUCUGGAGAUGGCUCUGGUCCUGGAAGAGAAGGACAGACUGAUUGAGGAGUUGAAGCUGUCUUUGAAGAGCAAAGAAGCUUUAAUUCAGUGCCUGAAAGAGGAGAAAUCUCAGAUGGCAUCUCCAGAUGAAAACGUGUCAUCUGGAGAGCUCCAAGGACUUCCUGCUGCUGUGAGGGGAGACGAGGAGAGAGAGACAGAGGCUGCACAAAUGGAGCAGGAGAAGGAGAGAAAUCGCUUUGAAGAGAGGAUCCAGGCACUUCAGAAGGACCUGAGAGAGAAGGAAAGAGAAAUUGCUACGGAAAAGAAAAAUAGUUUAAAGAGGGAUAAAGCCAUUCAGGGUCUAACCAUGGCACUGAAGUCGAAGGAAAAAGAGAUUGAAGAACUUAACUCUGAAAUUGAAGAGCUCAAUGCUGCCUUUGCUAAAGCCCGAGAAGCCCCCCAGAAAGCACAGAUCCAGAAAUUCCAGGGGUCUGAAGAUUACGAGGCUGCUCUGUUAGAAAAGGCAGCCCUUUUGGCUGAGCUGCGCUCAGAAAACCUCACCAAGAGCACGGAGAACCACAGACUGCGUAGGAGCAUUAAGAGAGUCACCCGGGAGCUGAGCGACCUGCAGCAGGAGAGGGAGAGACUGGAGAAGGAGCUGGGGGCAGCCCACCGAGAGAGGAGCAAGGGAGACCGCAUCACCCACGACCUUAGAAAUGAAGUUGAGAAAUUACGCAAUGAAGUGAAUGAAAGAGAGAAAGCAGUGGAGAAUCGUUACAAGAGUCUUUUGAAUGAAAGUAAUAAAAAAUUGCACAGUCAAGAGCAAGUGAUCAGAAGUUUAACAGAAAGUGCCAGUCAGAAGGACUUGUUGCUUCAGAAAUUCAAUGAAAAAGACUUGGAAGCAAUACAGCAGAACCGUUAUUUAAUGACUGCGGAGGAUCUCGAGUUCAGGAGUGAAAACUUAAUAACAGAAAAGUGCUCUUCUCAGUCACCAGGCAGCAAAAGCAUCUUCUCCGAGGAAAAGCAACCAUUAGGCUAUGAAGAGCUGAUUCAGGUCUUAAAGAAAGAGCAGGACAUCUACACACAUCUGGUAAAAUCUCUGCAGGACUCAGACAGUGUCAACAACCUGCAGGCUGAGUUGAACAGCAUCUUUGCCCUGCGGAAGCGGCUGGAGCGGGAUGUGCUCUCCUAUCAGAACCUGCAGAAGGCCCUGGAGGAGCAGAUCAGUGAAAUCCGGCGGCGGGAAGAAGAACCAUUUUCGUUUUAUAGUGAUCAAACAUCUUAUCUGAGUAUUUGCCUUGAAGAGCACAAUCGGUUUCAAGUGGAACAUUUUUCUCAAGAAGAGCUUAAGGAAAAGGUCGGUGACCUUAUCCAGCUGGUGAAGGAGCUGUACGCGGACAACCAGCACCUGAAGAAAACUAUUUUUGAUCUCUCCUCCAUGGGUUUCCCGGGAGAGGACAGGCCUGAGUCGGUAGAUCAGAUGGAGCUUCUGGCUAGCAAGGAGGACGAGGACUCAAGCAGAAUUGGAGAGGAUGACAAGAAUCAUUUGCUGAGUGGCGAGUGUCUGGAGCAGAGGCACAAGAUUAUGGAGGACAAUUCCAAAGGGGGCUGCAAAAAUGGAUAUUUAAGACACACAGAUUCCAAUAUUUUAGACUCCGACGGAGCCCACAAAUCCGGCUGCCCCGGAGACCAGAGUCUGGAAGAAGGCGAGCUCCUGAGCCUGCUUGCCUCGCUCUUCAGCGAGAAGGCCUUGUGGUUACUGGAAUCCAGGCCGGACCUUCUGAAAGUGCUCCGAGAACUGCUUCUGGAACAGAUGUGCUUGAGAGAGCAGGAAGCUUCGGGAGAACACCUUGAUGGUAAAAUGGAGAAGACACUUGGGCAGAUGGCCGUUCAGCUAAGAGGUGAACUCGGACAUUUCAUCCAAGCCAACUUGUCUUCCAAGCCACGUGAUGAACUCAAGUGGCCUCCGGGAGCCCAGCUAGCAAAGGCGGCGGAGGCGUCCAAGGUGGAACAGAAAGAUGCCUCCGCACAGACCAUGGCUGUGGAGGGCGACACGGUCAGAUUCAGACACGAGGGCACGAGAGAGCCUUGGGGAGAGGAACCAACAGACGCCGUAUCCAGCGCCGAGCGUCAGCCGGAGAGCUCGCGCAGGAUGCCAGGGCGGCAGGCCGCUGUCCUCUCCUUCCCCAGGGGGACCGAAAAAGACGUGAAGAAGUCCCGCUUGCCCAUCCUGAUAAAACCAUCGCGGUCACUAGGGAGCGUGUGCCGGCUCCCUGCCCCCCAGGAGGUGGUGGCCCAGCAGCAGGGGGAGCUGAAGGAGUUUAAAAUUCGCAACAAGCAACGUCACCAGAAGUUAAUUCUGGCUGAAGCAGUGAUGGAGGGGAGGCCAGCGCCAGACAAAGCGCUCCUGAAAGCCCAGCCCCUCGUGGGAGCAGCCUACCGGGACAGCCCGGGAGAGCGAGAAGGACCCCAAGCCACGCCCUGUGUCUGGAGAGACAAGGAAAGGGACGAGGAUCAACAGGCCAGCUGCGAGACCGACUCCGAAAUUUACCAGCCUGAUGACCUUGCCAUCUUUCCACCAUGCGAAGAGAAUCCUUCUGAAGAUUUUCCAGGCCCCACUUCCGUAGCUACAUACUUGAGUCCUAAGAGUCAGUUUUCCGCUAAAGUCAGCGUGGUUGAGACCGAUCAGCUGGAGAACAGCGAUACCUCAAAUGAUAAAGAAGCCUUAAAACGGAAAAUCUGUGACUUGGAAACCGAGCUCGAGGUCUACCGGAACUUCAUAUUGCAGCUUCAAAAGCACUCCCAGUUCAGUGAGGCCAUCGUCACAGUUUUGUGUGGGAGAGAAGGGGCCCAGGACGGCUUGAACAAGUCCAAGGGCAGUACCGACGAAGAAGAAGUGACCUUUUCACGUUUGCACCAAGUACGUUACGUGAAACACAUGAAACUCCUCCACCCGCUGGCCCCAGAGAUGAUUGACGGCAGGGCGCUGGAGAGCCUUAGGCUGCAGCUGGUGGACCGGGAAUAUGAACUGCAGAAGGAGCAGAAUUUGAACCUGGAACUUUUCGGUGAAAUCCAUAACCUGCAGAAUAAGUUCAGAGAUCUCUCACCCUCAAGAUAUGAUUCGUUAGUUCAGGCCCAAGCCAGGGAGCUCUCCCUUCAACGACAGCAGAUUAAGGACAGCCACGGCAUCUGUGUCGUUUAUCGUCGGCACAUGAACGCCAUGAUCAAGGCCUUUGAGGAGCUGCUGCAGGCCAGCGACGUGGAUUGCCGCGUGGCCGAGGGUUUCCAGGAGCAGCUGAAUCAGUGCGCGGAGCUGCUGAAGCAGUUGGAAAAGCUGUUUCUCAAGGGAAAUUCAGUUGAAGUGGCAAUGAACACCCAGGAAGAACUGAGAGACAGGAUUGAGGAAGACAACUUAAGCUACCAACACAUUCUCCCUGAGUCUCCUGCGCCCUCAGCCUCCCGCGCGCUGUCCGACUGUGAGAUGUCCGAGAAGUCCUCCUUCUCACGAGGCCAGAAGCAAGACAGCGAGACCGAGAAGACGUCGGUCCUGGCAAACAACGUUUCUCAAGACUUACUAAUGGAACAUAUACAAGAAAUUCGAAGCUUGAGGAAACGUUUAGAAGAAUCUAUUAAAACAAAUGAGGAGCUACGGAGACAGCUGGAGCGACAAGGCUCUGAAAUUGACCAAGGUUCUUCAAACAUUUUUGCUUAUGGUUCAGAGCUACAUAAUUCUCUGACAUCAGAAAUAUGUUUCCUGAGGAAGCAGAACGAGGCCCUCAAUGCCAUGCUCGCUAAAGGAUCCAGAGAUAAACAGAAGGAGAAUGAGAAAUUGCGCGCGUCCCUCUCCAGGAAGACCGCCGGCCUGGAGCACCUUCGGCGGGAGUUCGCCUGUGUGAGGGCGGAGAAUGACAGACUGCAGAGGGCGGUGGGCGAGAAGGAGAGUGAGAACCAGCGGCUGCUCCGGGAGGUCUGCCACGGCUGCAGCGAGCUGAGCAGGGUGCAGGAGGAGGUGAAGGUGAGGCAGCAGCUGCUCGCGCAGAACGACCAGCUACUGCAGUCGCUCCGGGUGGAGCUGAAGGUGUACGAGAAGCUGGAUGAAGAACACAGGAGGCCGCGAGAGACCAGGGCAGAGGCAUCGGGAGAAGGCUGGAGGGGACAGGACCCUUCGGGCCACCUGCAUGGCCUCCUGACAGAGAUCCAGGCUCUGCGGGCGCAGCUGGAAAGGAGCAUCGAAACCAACAGCGCGCUGCAGAGCAGGCUGGAGGAGCAGCUGGUGCAGGGCGGGGAGGAGGCCCAGGAGGCAGAUCUCACUUUGGCUCUCCAGACCCUGUCUGUCCCCGAGCGGCCCCUGCAGCUGGACAAGCCCGAUGGUGACAAGUGUCCCGUGGCAGCUGACAAUUCGUAUGACCUGUUUGAUUCCACCCCAGCAGUGCCACCAAGAUCAGCUUCAGAGACUCCUCCACUCUCUGGAAAUGACAUGGACACCCUCUCCUGCGACAGUGGCGGCUCGAUCACCAGCGCCUCAGACAUGUCCCGCCUGGUCCCUGGCCACCGCCUGUGGGCCAGCACGAGUGGCUGCCACGUCCUGGGCCUGAUUGAGGACUACGAUGCCUUGUGCGAGCAGAUUGGCCGGGGCCAGAAGCUCCUCGCCGAGAUGGACAUGCGGAUCCAAGAGGCUCCCAGCCCCACGAGUCAGGAGCUGGCAACAAAGCGGCCACACGCGGCGCCCAUGAGCAGCUUCGUCGCCGGCGUCGGUGCGGCCAGACUGAGCCUGGAUGAGGCCUCGAGGUUACUGACGCUCCUCUGGAGGGUCUCACUGCCCACCAGCGGCCAGGGCGCGCUCCGCUGUGAACAGACUGGAGAGUUGAAGGCAGAGAUUGGCAAACUACACAAAAAAUUGUUUGAACAAGAAAAGAAGUUGCAAAACACCAUGAAGCUGUUGCAGCUGAGCAAGAACCAGGAGAAAGUCAUCUUUGAUCAGUGCUUCUCAUCUCAGUGGGAGUUUCUGGCUCUGAACGUGGGCAGUGCAGUUCAGACAUGGGGCCCCUUCACACUUGCGCCAGGUGAGACUUAGAUCGUUCUGUACUUUUAGUACUAUUUAACAUUAUUUUAACCUCCACAGCCAUGGUACCGAAUCUUUUCCGGGUCACAGGCUCCUUGGCAAAUCUCAGGAGAGGGGAUCUCUCUCCCCAGAAGGAUGCACGCAUCCUUGUACACACCAAGAUUUGCACAUGGUUUCUGAGGAUUUAGGACGCUCCAACGCAUAGCCUUGGGCCCAGGUUAAGAAUGUCUGCCCUGCGGCGUGGGGCUGGGGAAGGGCACAGAGAGGCAGUGGGCACCUCUGAAAUUCACUUUGCCCAGUUAAAAACAAAGCCCACACCAUCUGUCCCCUCCCGUGGUGUCCCAGAUUGCAAACAGACUUCGUUACCUCCAGAUGGAAAUUUUCGUGAGGCAAGAAAUAUUUUCUCAAGGCUACCACAUGGCACCUAUUCUGAAUAAGCCAUUGGGUAGCUGGGCCGUGUGUACCGACGGGGAGACUCUCUCAGCCUUGGGCCCCACUGGCCAAAGGCCCAGUUCCAGAGGCCUGUGUGUCCUCCCUGGGGGUAGCCGGAGUCCCUGGCCAUCACCAAAGCCUGUUUAAGGCGGAUCCCUCAUCGGGCCGAUCUCCCCUCGGUGCCUCAGUGGCGGCAUUCCUGCUGCUGCUGGCGUUUGUUGGACAAGACAGGGACUGAGGGAAGAAGCCACCUUACUUUACAGUUGCUGCCCUGAAAGCGGGCACUCCGCCCCGCCCCGUGGGUUCUGAUGCGCUGGGGAUCUGCCUCGCGCAGCUCGGAGGGCAUCAGUCAGAUCACAGGGACCUGUGAGAUCAUCCCGCCCCGCCCGCUGCUGUCCAGGUAGAGUGUGCCUGGCCCAGGGAGCCACUGGAGGGCAGCUCAGGAGAGAGACGCCCACGGUCCGGUCCUCCUCCCCGUCAUCAGGCCCCCGCUCCGAGGACUGCUGUGCCCUCGACCCUCGACUUGGCCUUCACGAGUGGGUUUGCUUGGAGCGGGCGCACCCCCUUCCCAGCGCUGCUUCUCCGGGGGGCUGAGGGGCGCUAGUCAGGUGCAGGCCUCUUCCCUGCCCGGCACCACGAGCCCAGCCCGCAGAGGCGGGCGCUGGGGGUCCUGCUGGCCCUGCAGAGCCUCAGUUUCCAUCUAUAACAUGGUGUCGCUCGCUCUGCCUUCUGGUAUCGCCAAGGUUGUGGCUCAGCGUGGACUUGAGGCGGGGUCUCUGGUCCACCCUCUCUGGUGGGUUAUUUGAUCCUGGGGUGUGUGAUGGGGCAGGUGGGGCCUUACACGUCUGGGUCUGGAUGCUACAGGGCUGACCACACGCCUGAACCAUGUGGGGCUUGGGGGUCCUCCCUGCGUUUGGCUUUUACACUGUCUUCCUGGGCAUCUAUGUCUAAUCAUCCCGUUC